UGGGCGUGGUCGCAGCUUUCUCUCUCCGCCGCUCGUCUGUAAACAUUACAGAAACGGGCUUUUGUGUUGAGUUUGGUAGGAUGACAGCAGCAGUCGGCCUGAACACCUAGCAACAGCGAAUUCGUUCGAUCGGAUCUCGAGUGCGUCAGGUGCGCUUCAGUCGUAUGGAGUCGUUCCUGGGGUUGUUUGACCCCGGCUCGGGGUCGAGCUCAGAUGAGGGCGGCAGCUCGUGGGAGAGCGGCAGCAGCAGCAGCUCCAGCUUCAAGCCGUGCUCACGAAACAAGAACAAGAAGACACAGAACAAGCAAUUGCUGCUGCCCGACGCAGACCAGCUGCCCCCGGAGCCCCAGCUGGGCAACGUCGAGUACAAACUCAAAUUAGUCAACCCAUCCAGGUUCCGGUUCGAACAUCUAGUCACACAGAUGAAGUGGCGGUUACGAGAGGGUCAGGGCGAGGCGAUCUACGAGAUAGGCGUCGAAGACAGCGGCGUGCUGACAGGGUUGAGCGCCAAGGAGCUGCGGGCGUCGCUGCAGACGCUGCGGCAGAUGGCCCAGAAGCUCGGCGCCACCACCACCGUGCUGAGGGAGCGAGUAGUCUCUGACUGCCUCCUCGGGGACAAGGAGGAUCAGCGCAGGGUGGCUGAAGUGCUCGUCCGAAAGGUGCCGGACGACCAGCACAGCAUUGAGGUCAGGGUGGCGGUGGUGGGCGGUGCCGACGCCGGAAAGUCGACGCUGCUCGGCGUGCUUACACAGGGCCAGCUGGACAACGGCCGCGGCAGGGCCAGGCUCAACAUGUUCAGGCACCUGCAUGAGAUUCAAUCGGGCAGGACGUCGUCCAUCUCGCACGAAAUCCUUGGCUUCGACUCCAGGGGCAAUGUUUUGAACUACAAAGAGCUGGUGACGCACGAGUCGAUCUGCGAGAGCUCGACGAAGCUGGUGUCGCUGCUGGACCUGGCAGGACACCAGAAGUACCUGAAGACGACCGUUCUGGGCCUUACGGGCUAUUCGCCGCACUACGUGAUGCUGGUAGUGAGCGCGGGCGCCGGGCUGGCCGGCACGGCGCACGACCACCUGGCGCUGGUACUGGCGCUCGACGUGCCGCUCUUCGUCAUCGUGACCAAGACGGAUCUGGGCGGCACUAGGGUGCAGGCCACUCUAGACGCGCUCGACACAGCGCUGCGUGGUCUGCAGCGGACGCCGCUGCUUGUGCAUUCGGCCGAUGACGCGGUGGCCGCCGCUGCCAAGGCCCACGCGGCCGUUGUGCCCGUCUUCUGCGUCUCAUCGGUCAGCGGCGACGGCCUCGACCUACUGCGCCGCUUCCUCUUUGUCGUGCCGCCUGAGCUUAGUGCGAAUGAACGCGACACGCUUGAGCAGCAGCCCUGCGAGUUCCAGGUUGAUGAAACUUUCAGGGUGCCCGAGGUGGGCGUCGUCGUCGGUGGACUCCUCACCAGUGGCGUCAUCAGUGAAGGCAUGAACAUGGUCAUCGGACCAAUGAACGACGGCACAUACAAACCUGUGCAGGUUUUGUCUGUGCACCGAAACAAGGCCGCGUACAGGGUGGUCAGGGCGAGCCAGAGCGCCAGUCUGGCUCUUCACCCUGAGGUACCGGGCCUGCGGAAAGGCAUGGUCCUGCUCAGCCCAGACAUGGACCGCGAAUGCUGUAUUUUCUUUCAGGCGAGCGUGCACGUGCUGUAUCACGCGACGGCCAUCCACGAAGGCUUCCAGUGCACGGUGCACGUGGGCAACAUCAGGCAGACGGGUGUGAUCGUGGGCAUCAUGGCGUCGAGUGGCAUCCACACGGACGAGCGCGCGUCAGUUGUCUUCAAGCUGGCCAGGCACCCUGAGCGCAUCCAGGUGGGCCAGCGGCUGCUCUUCAGGGAGGGCCGAACCAAUGGCGUCGGCAAGGUCACCCAGGUCUUCCCCUUCGCGCCAGAACAAGUCUGAAGUUUUAAAAUGUUCAGGGCGUCACGUCCUACUAAUCGAGUCACGAUGUAAUUAAUUUAUUUUAAAACUAACAGUUGACGAAAACUGUAUUUAUUUUACCUCUGCAAAGAAAAAGAAAAGCUUUAUUAUUUCGUUCCGUGUGUGAAUGGCAAUUCAAGACUUCUUCGAAAAGGAAAAGUGCACAACCGAUGGAAAAAGAAAUGGUUGAAACUGUGAUACUCUACUCAUUAGCGAUUUAAUCAUUAUUUACCCCUCUAACGUGUGGAUUUUCACAAUUGGAAAAUAGGAAAUCGUUAAAUAAAAUAAAUAUAACAUUCUUUAACAUCA